AUGUGGCGUUGCUCUACUCUACUUCACAAAGGAAGCCUGACGGCACUUUUGCGUGACGUUAUCAGAUGCACUCAACCUUGCGGCAUUCCCUUAGGCGAUGUUGAGAUAAAGGCAAAGGAGCACUUUUUAUCACUUUCUAACGGUGAGCAGGAAGAGUUCCCUUUGGCAUUGAAAAAAGCCCUUCUUGAAGCAAACGAUGCGCACUACAUCGACGGGGCAAAACUUUACCCUUGCAACUGGGAGAGAGUAGUUCAGAGCAUUGCGGUUGAAAUGCCCUGUGAAGGACUAACUGAGAAGGGCCUUGUUGACCGAAUUUUGGAGUUCGAACCGCGUUUCAAUAUGGAGAGUGCGUCUUUGGGGGAGCCGCUUAGUGAGUGGAUGGCGCGGCGCUUUCCCCACAUCAUUCUGGUCUCACGUUCUGCUUCGACUGGGGUACCGGUUUAUCGUCCGGUCCGGGGAAAACUACCGGAAGAGGUUGAAUGUAUCGCUAAUGCGCUGCAGUUGUUGGGCCGUGAGAAACUUCCCGUUUAUACCGACUUCGCUCUCAUUGCUCCGCUCCUGCCUGCGACGGUAUGCCCUACGAGGGGGAACUGGGUGGCGUUUUUGGAACGGGGAAGUGUGCAGUGUCAUUUUGAUUUGGAUGUGGAUGUACACAUCCGUCUCUCACCCAACAGCAUCCCUUCUACGGUCUGCGUCGACGGUACCACUGUGGAGCUAGCCCGCGUAAAUGAGGUACUGGCAGCCAAUGGUUUGUCCGAUUCUACAUGCUCGCUCAAAGUCUUCCGAAGAGCGGAGGACCCGGUAUGGUCGCAGGACGAUAUUGUUUUACCAAGUUUUCUUGAACCAGAACACGCCAUUGGGGCGGCGAUCGCCUCGUUGGGAGCUCGAAGUUGUAUGAGGAUAUACAUUUUGUGUGGUGAUUCAGCAGUUGAACGAUACAAAACCGGAUUACUGGAUCUGUUGCGUUCUGCUGAGACAGACGUUAGAAUAUUCACGCCGUGUAACGCGGGCUUCACAGACGGGGCUAUUAGUUCGGGGGUGGAUCGUCGGGAAAAAACUGUGGGGAAAAGUUGA